AUGGAAGUCCCCGAAAUGAUGUACGGUGGAAAUCAUCCUGACAGCGGCACAUCGCCAUCUAUCCAAGUGGAGCCUGCCAAUCUCUCUACGCCAGUCAUUAUUGGUCUAUAUGGCCUACCUGGCUCUGGAAAGUCUUUCAAGUUGAAUGAACUCGAAAACGUACUCAGCAAAGAUGACUUUGCGUUCUAUGAUGGCAGCGAUGUUAUUGCAGCAAUCACCCCAGGGGGUCUCAAAGCGUUCCAGAAUUUGCCGAAAGAAGCUAAAACCAAGUGCCGAGAGCGAGCUAUAGCUACAGUUAAGCAGGAAUGUUGCAGUACCGGAACAAGCGCUAUUGUGGCAGGUCACUUUAUGUUCUGGGCCGAAGAAGAUGAGGUUGGCCAGUCAGUUUGUACACCAGGGGAUCUGGCUACGUAUACCCAUAUCUUAUACCUGGAUGUCCCUGCUGAGCUUAUCGCGGAGUACCAGUUGAAUGACACCAAACGGAAACGUCCAAGUGUCUCAAUAACACAUCUGACCAGAUGGCAGCAACGCGAGCAAAGUCAACUUCGUCACCUUUGCAGACGUCACAAUAUCCUUUUCACACUUCUGUCGCCCCCUCUAGUUCCUGUGACCAAGCUCGCCUCCAUCAUCCAAGAUUUUCGGUACCACACAGAGGUUCAAAACGUGAAUCUUGCCAAGGAAAAAAUGGACGACAUACUAGCCUCUUCCCCCACGUUGGAAACCGUCAUUGUUAUGGAUGCAGACAAGACUUUGGCCCAAGAAGAUAGCGGAGUGCUCUUCUGGGACCAGAUCCGCGCUGUUUCAGCUGAGGGCGACACUAGCGGUCCUAUGAAAGCCUUGUACAGCAGUCCCCUGGGGUAUUCAUACACUGCCUUCCGCCAGGCAACACUUCUGUAUGAGGAGGCCGCUGGGGAUGUGGAGUUUGAGGCAUGCUGCAAAAAUGUGGCAUCAAUGAUCAAAAUGCACAGUGACAUUCUAAAUCUCUUGCACUUGGUUCGUGGCACGAUACAUGUGCGCGUGGUUGUGGUUACCUGUGGGAUCCGAUCUGUUUGGGAGAAGGUACUGGAGAGGGAGGGCCUUUCGCUGGCAGUCAAAGUGAUCGGCGGUGGCCGUUUGAGUGACGGUCUCGUUGUCACGCCGUUGGUGAAAGCUGAAUUGGUGACUUAUUUGUCUGCCACUCGACAGCUUUAUGUUUUUGCACUUGGGGACAGUCCCCUGGACCUGGGAAUGCUCAAAGCUGCAGACCAGGCUAUCGUUAUCAGCGGGGAAGAAACCACACGAAGCAGCAGUAUGGAUAGGAAGUUGGCAGAGGCCAUUGGACAGAAUGGGUUCCAGCCGCGCCAGUCAACUCUGCCUCCAGACGCAACCCCGCGCCUCGACACCACUCGGCUACCUUUGAUACGGUUGACAGAUCAAUCUUUCAUCGCUUCGGUAUUCGCCAGGCGCCAAAAUCUUCAUGUCUGUCAUGCCACUGACCGACCAGCAGCUAAAUUGCUGAUGACCCCUAUGCGCGAUGCAUCAAUUUCCGGACCUGCGUUGCGAGAGGCUCAUCGGCAAGUUGGUUGGUAUUUGGCCACCGAAUUAUGUACUCAACUCAUUGGCAUUGAAAUCUACCAUAUUCCGCAUGUUCAAGGUCAUCGGACCGACGGCCAUCGGCUUCUGAAUGAGAAAGAAACUUUGAUUGUGCCUUUGAUGCGUGGUGGUGAACCGAUGGCUUUGGGGGUCAACGAUGCAUUUCCGCUUGCUAUGUUCUAUCAUGCCAAGGCCCCCAGUGACCUUCAACAUCACCACUUGAAGAAGAUGGUCACAAUCGUACUAGUUGACUCGGUUGUGAAUAGUGGGAAGUCAAUAUUGCAGUUCGUACAACGCAUCCGGAGUCUUCAUGCUACCAUUCGCAUAGUGGUAGUUGCCGGUGUGAUCCAAUCGGAGACUGUUUCCAUGAGUAGUAGGAUUGCUCGGGCACUGGGUCGAUUUGACAAACUGAAUUUUGUCGCUCUGCGUCUUUCCAAAAACCAAUUCACCGGCAGCGGGACUACCGACACUGGUAAUAGGUUGUUCAACACAAUGCACAUGGCUUGA